AUGAACCGCGGCGAACCCUCAGACGACCCUUCUAAGAUAAGGGGGGAGACCCUCAGUAGUGGUGACCCUUUGACUCUUCCACUGACUUAUAUAUGUACCGAAUGCUCAUACGGGAAAGUGAACUCCUGGGUCUGGGGGUUGCUCCGAGAAAAAAUCCUUUCUUUCUCGUCCACUCCAGGGGGUGCGGACACACCUGCGCGGAUUACAGGUGACGGUUACAAGAAUGGCGGGGAAGUGAAGAGUACCCGACGACAUUCAGGGAUGAAUGUAGACCCAUCGGGCAGGGAUAAUCAUUCCGGUCCUGGGAGAGGUGGCGACACCAGUCUGAGCUGA